AUGUCCAAUCGAUCUGAUGCGCGCAGAAAUCAGAUCAGCUACAUCGCCUCUGGUGGGGAGACCAUAGCCGCCGUGACUGGGCGAGGAGAUCUUUUCACCAUGAACUUGACUCAAAAGACAGAUACGACGUCAUCAACAUCCACGACGAAUCCCUCAAAGAUAAAAGGUGCUGUCACGCAGCCACAAUGCAUAUGGAACGCACACAAGGACGGCGUCAGGUCUGUCGAUGUUGGCGAGCACGGGUCGGUGAUCAUCAGUACAGCAUCGGGUGCCGUCUGGCGACGUGUCAAGCGAGCAAAGGUCAAGGACUCACACGUGUCUGGUGCCGCUGGGUCCAAGCGGAAAGACUUCAAGUUCCAGCGUGUGCCAAGUAUCACCAAGAUUGUAACGGUUCGAAGCUCAGUCUUUGGGGCAUUUGCCGCUGUACGAAAAGACUCCGAUGUCAUGAGAGAACAGAUUGACAUUUCCGAGCAGACUCUCUGGGAUGACAUUGCGCCACUUAACUGUCUCCGAGAUUUUGAGGCAUCCGAACCAAGUACUAAGGACAAGGACACCCUGAAAUUCUGGAACGUGGAUAUGCUCAAGGAGCGUCUAGGCUCCGUAGCAUAUGAGGUGCUGAAGUCUCCUGAUCUUGAGUCCGAUCUUCAACGCCAUUUGACAACCUGGAAGUAUCAGAACGAAGAUCUUGAUACGGCAGUGUGCACAUCUAGUGUCCCAGAUGUGGCGAUACCAGUUCAUAGCUGGCUGCUAUCUGCUCGGUGUCCAGUCUUGCGCAACGCACUUGCCGAGUUUCGCAGAAAGGGGUCAUUCGAUGUCGCGGAUACAUUGUGCAUCACGGCUGUUCACGGCAAGACUUUAAUAACUUUCACCGGCUUGGACCUUAUAGCAGUACUGAAUCUGGUUCUAUAUGUAUACGAAGACAAGGUGAUUCCGGCUUGGAACUAUACGCGGCAAGCACCUCCUUUAGCGCACCGGUAUCGCCAAAUACGUACGGAUUUGAUGAAGGUUGCCACAAAGCUUGAUAUGAAUAAGCUUGAAGCCGCCGUCAGGAUGCAGACAACUCCUAAAAGAUCCAUGGACGAAGACUUCAGGGUCGCAACGAAAGAUCGACGUUUCUUUGAUGAUGGCGAUGCCAUACUUGAGCUGGAUGAAGCCGAGGUGACAGUCCACAGCACCUUUCUCUGUCAGCGAUGCCCUUUCUUCGAGGGUCUUUUCAAUGGCCGCUCUCGAGGUCUCUGGCUAGCAGGUCGCCGCGAAGCUCAAGGGGUUACAGAGAAAGUUAGGAUCGACUUGAAGCACAUCGAACCUGAGACUUUCAAAUACGUCUUGCGCUAUCUAUAUGCUGAUAUGGGCGGCGAGCUGUUUGAGCCUGUUGUAUCUGACAGCUUGGAUGAUUUCUCCGAUCUAGUGAUGGAUGUCAUGGGCGUCGCCAACGAGCUAAUGUUGGACAGACUCUCACAGAUCUGCCAACAGGCUAUUGGACGAUUUAUUAAUACGCGCAACAUCUCACACUAUUUGAAUGCGAUCAGCCCCUGUGCUGUAUCAGAGUUCAAGGACGCAGGACUGGAGUACAUCUGUUUACAGAUGGAGUCUAUGCUGGAAAACCAUCUCCUAGACGACUUAGAUGAAGACUUGAUGCUCGAAUUAGAUGAAGUUGUGCGAGACAACCAGCUUGCGCUACACCCAUUUGCAAAGAGUGGACGGGAAGAGCUACUUUUGCAUGAGCGAUAUCCUGAGCUAGCCCAAGACAUUGACGAGGAGAGACAGCGAAGAGUCAAGGAAAUGGCAUACAAGGCAACGCAAAGGGAUGAUGAGAGGAAGCUCUCAACCUCCUUGAAGACCAGGUUCGGGAGCCUGGAUGAUACAGCGGUAUUCUCAUCAUCUCCUGAUAGAGUCAGGAGGAAGUCGAAGGUUGCUAGUCUCGAAACAUUCAGCCCAGCUCUCCGGCCAAAGGCAUCUCAAGGAGAUCUUAUCUUUGACAUGGAUGAGGAAGAUGCUUCCGAAGUUGAUAGCCCUUCCAUACGACCACAGAACCUGAAUGGCCGAACAAUAUCGGAAGACAUGACUGCACUUCCAGGGUCGUGGAGCGAUGCAAAUGCUAGAUCUAUCAAGCAUGCUUCCCAUCCACAGUUGUCGAGUUCAUCGGUCGGACAGGCUGGAAAUCCCACCCUCGCAAUGUCGAGAUCUCCAACUGCUUCUCCUGGCACUCAUACCCCUAAACCUGGUAAUCCAUGGGGCCCUGCUAUCUUACCCACCUCUAAGCUUGAUCUUCGAGGUGUCCUAGCAGACUCGACGCCGCCUCGCUCAGCCCUUUCAGCAGGUUUAGCAGCUCAGAAUGUCAAGGAAGUUGCGAGCAAGUCUACGCCGGCCAAGUUGUCUCAGAAGGAGCGCAAAAAACAGCAGCAACUGCAAGCAUCACAAGAAGCUCAGGCUAGUGCAGCGGCGGCAGCGAAGAUCGCCUGGGAGAAACCAUCUGGCGACUCCCGGCCUGCACCUUGGAAGAAAGUCUCUCGGGAUUCCAGCUCAACCCCUGAGAAGGCUCCCACAGCCCAUGGCUUGCCUACACCGCCGAAUCCAAAGCCUCUCCUAGCUGCUGAAUCGUCAAAAGCACCGCACAGGCGCACAGCCUCGCCAGACACUCGGUUCUCGGGCCAGUCGCGCACUCCUAGUGCACCAACCGUGCCCUCCUCUGCUUCCCCGAGACCCCCGGCUCAGCCUGCGCCGGCAUCUAGCCCGCUUGUCCCGCAUUCCAAGUCUUAUAUCAAGCCCGCUCCGAAGACGGAACCUACUUUGGGUCUCAGUAUGGCAGACAUCAUAGGUCAGCAGAAGCGUGAGCAGGAGAAGGUCAAAGAAGCUGUCGCCAAGCGCAGCCUGCAGGAGAUCCAAGAGGAGCAGGCGUUCCAGGAGUGGUGGGAUCAGGAGUCACGUCGGGCACAGGAGGAAGAGGCCCGUCGAGUUGCGAGAGAGACCCAGAAGGAGGAGAAGGGUGCGAUGAGAGGGCGCAGAGGAAGGAGCGGCAAGACUCGUGGUGGUGGCCAGAGUGCUGGCGGAAGGGGUGGUGGGAACUCAGCUGCUGGAUCCCCUGCGGUCACUACUCCUGCUGAAGGGGAAGGCCGCCCACGUGGCAAACGCCGUGGUGGCGGAGGCGGUGGGAAAGCAUCAUAG